AUGAGCCUUUUGCUUUCCUUCUGCACUCCAGCCUGUUGCUCCGUGCCGUUUACGCGCAAUUAAUGCAGACGCUCCCCCUGCAUGCACUGGCACCGCCACGACAAAACGUUAGUGCAUAUAAAUCUGCACGCUGCAUCACCGCCUUUCUGCUGUACCAGCUCGAUUAGUUGUUACAUAACCUGACCAGCUUAGCUCAUCCAUUCGACAUGGAGAUGGAGACGAUGAUGGGUUGCCAGAUCCCGGCGUUUGGAGUGUGGAACUACUGCAACGAUCUCUCCAUCACGCAGUACUUCGACUCGGCCAUGCAGGCAAGGCUGAUGAAGCGCUGGAACCGUGGUGGCGGCGUCGGUGUCGAGAAACGUGCCUCUGGUGAACAGCUGGUCUUGUUCAAGACCUCCCCAUUUCCACGCAAGCCAGCCCAGAUUAAGGUGAUAAGGAGGGAAGUGGAGAAGCACUGCAACGGCGGCGAGCUGCUGCCGGAUCCCGGCGUGGAAGGUGAAGAUGGAGGCUGCGCAGUGAAGCGUAAGGUUGCUAGUAAGGCUGUGGAUGAGGACCUGUACAAGGUGCCCCAACCACUGCUACAUCGAAAACCUAGAAAGAUGAGGAAGGUGGUGUGGAGCCUGUGGAUUGGGUGCCUGGGUUUGGACUGCAUCGCCUGACAAACCAUGAACACCCAGCUUAUUAUUUGUAUCUUCAAUAUCGUGAAAUAUAAUUGUUGUCCUACCGGGACCAAAUGCUAGCGUGUUUUGGCUCUACUUCAGGUCCCCUUUAACUCUUUGCUCCGAUCGUUUUGCCAGUAUCAACUGGUCUUUAUUUAUUUGUAACAUCUGCAGUUUGAUGAAAUUCACCAUCGAAGGUGUUGUUGGUGUGUAAA